AUGACGCUCAAAGACCUGCUGAAGAAGAAAGACAAGAUCAAGGAGGACGGCGCGGCCGAGAAGCCGCCUACGCUGUCUCCGGAAGUCCCAGAGUUCACGUUCAUGCGCACGACGACCACGACCCAGGAGACGAUCGAACCGCCCAGCUUCCCCGGCGACCCGACGCGUCAACCGCCGCUCCUCUCCCCCGCGCCGCGAGGCAAACUAGGCAGAUUCAGAAGGCAUAGCAAUGCCGCCUCUACCGCGAAUGUUGUGGAGGAAAACAAGGCUAAGCCCGAGCAUAGGUUGUUCCAUCGCAGUACAUCCACCAGCUCGGUCAACGUGCCGCAGAACCUGCCGGAGGUGGGAGGCGAUGGGGUCGCGAGGAACGAGGAGGACGAGGCCAAGUGGGAGAAGAGGGCUACGGUGCUGGUGGCUGGGAACAAUGUGCUGAGCAAGAGCGGGAGUACAACGCCGAAUCUCGAGGCGAGAAAUCCGUUGGAAGGCAAAAAAAGCAGGAGCAGGAGCCCGAGCAUCAGCUCCCCUGCGGAUGAGGAGAACAUUCAGGAGGCAAUUCGGUUACACGAGAAGGGCAAUCUUGAGGCUUCAACGGCUAUGUUUGGAAGGCUGGCGGAUCCCAAUGGCCCGAACAAUGCGCUGAGCCAGGUGCUGUACGGGCUCGCUCUCCGGCACGGCUGGGGCUGCGAGCCGGACCAGGAGCAAGCCGUCAGGUACCUCGCCAUGGCUGCCUCCAAUAGCGCAGAAGUCGAGAAGAUGGCGCUCUCCGCGGGCGUCAAGAAGGGCGGUGCGGCCAAAGGCGAGCUGGUGCUCGCCAUGUAUGAGCUGGCAAACUCCUUCCGGAACGGCUGGGGCAUCAAGAAGGACCCUGUGGCUGCGAAGCAGUAUUACGAGACGGCAGCCAAUCUGGGCGACACGGACGCCAUGAACGAGGUUGCAUGGUGUUAUCUGGAGGGUUUUGGGACCAAGAAGGAUAAGUUCAAAGCGGCUCAGUUCCUACGCCUCGCCGAGUCAAAGGGCAGUAAGCAAUUAGGCAAUACAUGGUAA